GCAAAUCCUGCAGGGAAUACUUCUGAUCCGAUCGAUUUCUUUGAAGGACCAAAAUGACGUUUCUUAAAGAUUCAAAUACUCAAAACAUUGUUGCAAUAGAGUGAUAAAUAUGAAUAGGAAAUAUGAAUUUAAAAAAACGUAGUGACACACGUAGUGGGCGAUUCCAAACGACCCCUGUUCCUAAUGCGUCAUAUCGCAUGACCUGUUGACGUGACGAUGGCGACCGGAUCCCGAACGCCACCGGGAUUUUAGUUUUCGGUUAUUAACUGUGCAAAGUUGCAUAAGUUUCGGUCAAACUCUGUGCCUUGGUGUAGGGUCCGCGCGUGGUCCUGUUUGAGGGACGAGCAGGCCACUUGUGUCUGGCGCGAGGAGGAAGAUAAUGAGAUCAUGCAGAGAUGUUUGCAGAUGCUGCUCACCUGCCUGCUCCUGGUGACGCCUGUCAGAGGCCUGACGGCUCCUCCCUCCACCGUCGUCACGGUUAAAGUCGGCACUGAGGCCGUGUUGCCAUGUCACCUUGGACAGGGUGUAAACUCCUCCACGCUGAGGAUGGAGUGGAUGCGGUCCGACCUGAGCCGCAACUUCGUAUUCGUGUGGGUGGAGGGUAGAGAGCGGCUGGAGCACAAACUGUGGUCGUACCUACAGCGCACGUCGGUGCUGUUCAGUGGGAUGAAGCGAGGGUACGUUUUCCUGCAGCUGACCAACGUGACGGCGUUGGACGAGGGGACCUACAUCUGCCGGGCUCCACGGCUCAGACAGAGAUGUUCCGUUCAGCUCCUGGCUUUUGCAUCGUCUCCCCCAGCGGUCAGUGUGGUCAGGGAAGUGGAAAACACAGCAGAGUUGUGGUGUGAGUCUGCAGGCUGGCAUCCAAAGCCGGACGUCUCAUGGUUGGACGAGACCGGAGAGCCUCUGCCUGCUGAGCGUGUAGAGACGCUCAGAGAUGCAGACGGCCUCUUCAGGGUCAGCAGCAGAGUCCUCGUGGACAAGAGGAGGAGCAACAGCGCCACCUGCAGACUCCAGACGCAGAGCAUCGCCCAGAGCAGAGAGGCAUGCUUUCACAUUAGAGUCCUGUCCUGGUACAUGUAUGUCAUUCUGGGGCUUGGUUUUAUCGGCACCUGUGUGGCUGCAGGGUUCCUGGUUUACAGUUUCAGACUAAGAGACGAUUCCAGUUGUGGAAAAGAUGCUGAACCAGAGACCAACGCUCCAACGGAUCAAGAACUUCAGACGGAGCAGGAAGUCCAGGUCUAACUCCAGGAAGAACUGCAGAUGUGGGCUGUAUGUUGGGUCAUGGUUUAAUUCAUGACCAAUCAAGAACACCAGAGAGUUUCUGUCUCCGUGACAACUAACUCUACUGGCUGAGGCGUUUGUAUUUUAAAAUGGAUGCCAAGAUUUUUAGUUUUUACCGAGUGAGUGUUUUGCCAAAGCUAAGCUGUGAUUGGUCCGUGAGUUUCACCACUUGGUCAUGUCAGGUUUUGCACUCCGUCAGAUUUGGCGAGCUUUUUGCUGCGUUCAGGAGAAGGCCGUCCUCCGUGGUUUCAGCUCGUUUUUCUGUCUAAACUAUACCAAGUAUAAGUAGACACGAGCAGAAGGACAGAAUAACCUGAAGGCCAGAGCGAUGCGGGUUUCCUGUGGAAAAAACGGAAUAUUUCAUAUCCAGGCAGUCACAAAGAAAAAGGCUCUCUGCUGAUUUUCUUUGAUGGUGCUAGAUUUGUGAAAAAACUGAGAUUGACGUAUUUGACACUCACAGUCAUUACUGUACAAUCUGAAAAGCCUUCAGGUGAAGCAGAAGAGUCCUCUCAUGCUUUUCAUCUAAAAAAACGUCCGAAGAAAGUCUUAAUGGACCGGGACGGUUACGUUGGAGGCUGGUGCACAAAUGAAGCCAAAAACUUUACAGCGGGUUUGAAUGUAAAUGUUAUACAAGCACAGAAUGUAGGGGCGUUUCUUUCAAAGUUUAUUGUUUUAAAUUUUAGCAAAAAACAAUCACCACAGAUAUGCUAACUUUGGCUGUGUCAAAAUCUAAGGGCUGCGUUCUUCUUGGGCUCCAUUUGAAGGCCGCUUACAUCACGGCACUGCGAUAAGUUCUGUCCAAAUCCAACGACUCCUUCAAAUGUGGCUAACGAAUACGGCCUUCUUUUUCCUGCUUUCAAAGAUUAGUCUGGUGUAUCCUUCUAUGCUGUCCAUAUCCCAAGAUGCAUUGCAGCCCGAACACCUCCAAGAUUAAAAGUUUGAAUCAGAUAUGCCAGGAACAUUUUGAGCUCCAUCCUGCCACACUACUCCUCUCUGUUCGGGACUUGUGGUUGCUAGGCGAUGGGACGUUCUCUGAAGUAGCGGCUGGAAUUAUCUAAAGGCUAGACUCGUCCAAUUCAUAGCAUUUUACAUCCGGCCUACCCGCUCGACGAAGGACCGGGCCAACGUUGCCAGGGAAAGCCGCUGCCGCUGAAGGAUGCAGCCCUUGAAUUUGGACACGCCCAUAGUCUUCAACAGGGGAGGAGCCUCCAGGCCUCAAAGCCUGGUGUGUCUGAUUUCCAGAAAUCACUACCCUUCCCAUGACUACCUGGAUCAGGUGUGUCCAGCCAAUAAGACAUGCCAGACUAGAACAAGUCGCAAAGUAAGCAGAUCUUUAACCUUUUUAUUGUAAAAAAAAAAAAACAACUCAAUUUUGUAUGUCAUUUAUAAAGCUUCUUAUAAAGUGUCUCUGAUCAGCUGUAAAGUCUAUCCUGAUGGAACUUCAGUCACUAAUUGAACUCUCUAGCCUUAAGCUUUAGUCACAUGCACCUGUACGGGGGACUCUGCAGGUCGUUGGGUUGUCCGGGCCCAUGGGGGGGUUAUAGAGAAGACUGUCCGCAUCUUAAAGGGUAAGAUGCGGUAAGAAGGGUGCAGGAUUUGGACAAUAAUUGCAUAUAAACUACAGUAACCCUUGUGCCAUCCUAGGCUCUUUAACAUUGGGAGUUGGGUCAUCUAGACCCACUAGACAGUGCUCUAAACCUUUUUUCUUCAAUGAUUUGUGACCUUCACUGGUGUCCAUGGAUUACAUGAAAUCUUUCCACCUUUAUCCACCUUUGUCAUGGUAGGGGGAACACGUCAAUGGAAGGGUGGGGUCAUCUAAGAUACAACAAGGGUUAAAUACGCGUCGCAGCUAAAAAACAAAUUUAUGUAAAGCCCUCGACGGACAUCUGCACACAUCGGCGAUUGACAAACACAAGAAACACAUAUGAACUAGGUAGAUCACGCAUAAAUCACGACAGACAGAAAUUUCAUUCAUGGAAAAUGUACAAAAUGUAUUUAACAACCCUCACGUGUUCUUAAGGUGUUAUUACGACCUGUCAACAACCUUGAUAUCUCGUGGUGGGCACCUGCGUUCCCCGUACAGGUUUGACCAUUUUUCUCAUGUAAAGGCACUAAUUACUAAGGCAAUAAGACUGUCAUGUUCCUAUGAUGGGUAGACUAUUUUCUUGCAGAUCAGAUAUGAUAAAUGUGCAAAAAGUGGACAAGACUUGAGUCAAAAAAAGCCUUCACCUUGAAAGUGUUACUGUAAUAACGUGUCAUUGCACUGCAGUUGAUAAAACUGUAAAACUAUGAAAUAUUUGAAUGAUUGUUUUAUCGUGUUUUAAAGUGGUAAAUGUCUGAACUUUGGAAUCUUUAGCAUUAAACUCAUUCCCUUCAUAAAUGUC